AUGAUGAAUCUGUUCCAUUACGAGCCGCUUGAUCGAAACAGCAACCAGAUACGUCUACUCCGCUUUUCGGACCAACUCAAUAGUCAGCGUGGCUACGUUCUUGACAGCUUUGACCUCAAUGAAUGCCCUCUAUACGAGGCUUUGUCUUACACAUGGGGACCUCCACUUCCAACAAGUAUCAUCACCUUGAAUAAAGAAUCGUUUGAGAUUCGGCAAAAUCUGGCCGACUUCCUUGUACAUUUUCGGAUUGGCAUCACGCUCCUUGAUGAGAAUGACAGUCCUCUAUACCAUCCCAAGUAUCUGUGGAUCGAUCAGCUUUGCAUCAAUCAGUCAUCCGAGCAAGAGAAAACCCACCAAGUGAAGCGCAUGGCCGAGAUAUAUAAACAAGCACAGCGUGUUGUUGCGUGGUUAGGUCCCUGUGACGAGCAGAGU